AUGGAUAAACUUGCUCAAAUUAUAAACCAUUCAAUUGAGUCAGAACUCUAUGCAGACAUUCGUCAUAAAGAACCAGAGGACCCAGAGCCUGAUUCAACCGCAGAACAACUAGUGAAAGAGUCGCGUAAGGACAUUGUCUUCUCUGAUAAGAGGUUCUGGGACGGGGCCAGUAUUGAACAGGUGCACCAACAUUUUGCUGAGUAUCUCCGUGCUAGUAAAGGUCGCGGCUAUGGUCGAUUUGAAGGAUGUCUUAUCAUUGAUGAACGAUCACUCAAGUCAAUUAUUGCUAGUCCUAUGACCGCUCAAAGGCAUGGUAAACCUUAUGGCUUCGUUGGUAUGAUCGAUGGGCGGUAUCAUCCUGAGACGCGGUAUGGUCUGCAAUACACUGGCUUUAUGCGGGUUGAAAUCCCUCGCUUAUGGCAUCUCUAUGCGGAGUUGACCAGCAAGUGCAUGUGUGAACUAUGUCCCUCUGUCCCUGAGGGCUUACUCCCUGUUUAUGAUGGUGGAACUGGAAAAGCGCAUGACGAAGAGGGAAAUGUCCAUCCAAUUGCAACAGAUCGGGGCGUUCGGCUGUUUUGA